AUGGAUGUGCUGAGAAGAGGCGACACGUUAAACCCGAGGGUUAAAAGGAGCAGGAGCGUAAUCCAAAGGGACGAAACAAACCAGGAAGGAAGCAGCGGCGGCAAUCAUCACCAACUGGUGAUUUAUGGGAAUUCUUUCAAAAACAAUUCGCUAGGGUACGCAUGGAAUGCAUACUUUGAUAAGAACAAAAUAAAGAAGAAUAUUAUGGUAUGCUGUGAUUUAAACAAAAUUUGCGAUGACAUCUUAAGAGGAGUCGAGAACAACAGCUUGACUAUUAAAACGUUUUCCUUUCUGCUCAUUGGGGUGUGUAACAUAUACAAAAAGAAGGUCUAUUUCAUCGGUCAGGAUUACGAUUUUUUAAAAAGGAAGAUCCUGUCGCUGUACAAAAAUAAGGACAACGAAUUGAACGAUUUGAUGGUAACUGGUAAAGAUUCCAAGAGGAGAAAAAUAGGAAAAGACAACGAAGAUGAUGGUAACAAAAGUGGAAGUAAAAAGAGGCUAAACAGAAAUUCGCUAAACAUAAAGAGGGGUUCCAUUGGUUUGAACGAGCUAAUCCCGUCCGUAAUUGACAAUUUCACGGGGAGGAAAUCUCGCUUUUCCUUGAACGCUGAUGAGAUAAGCAUUGCCGGGACGCAGCACGACAGUUACAACGACGUGUUUAACGAGAGCGAGAUGAACAACCAGAUGCUCCUGGAGAUCUCCGGCCUGAACUACCUGAACUUUGACCACGAAAAUGAAGAAGCCGAGAAUGGCAGCGGUAAUGGCGGCAUGAAUGGUCGUAUUAGUGGCGGCGUUAAUAACCACUACGCGGGUGGGAAUAACGGAAGCACCAGCAACCGCAGCAGCGUUCACAGCAGCGUUCACGGCAGCAUGGGUCACUACCACGACAUGGAGAAGGCGUUGGAGGGGUCCUACAUUUCGAGGAACAGCAUCCCCAUGAACAACCUGGAUGGGCUGCAUCUGAAUAGGGCACUGUCCGAGUCGUUUCACAACCCCAUGGAUAAUCUGAACAUGGAGAAUUCUAUACUGAACAACAUGAUUCCGAAGAACAUGUUUUCUAAUUUGGAAAACUCCAUGAAUGAGAGGGGCAGCAUGCUGGGUGGGUUUGACGACUUGGAACUUAACUCCGUGCACAGGAGCGACGGGUUGAACUCUAUGAAUCGGUUCAACGAUGGGGUGGAUAGAGGCGACAACUCCGGAGUGAUGAACCACCCAGAUGGUGGUAUUACAGAGAAGAGGAACCUCCAGAACGAAUUCGCCAAUGUGGGGGGCGCACAAGCGUUUCACCAGCCCUUUGCAAACUUAAACGUACAGGGAAAUGAAAACGGAAAGGGGGCAAACGCAAAUGAUGGCAAACCAGGGAAUAACAACUUGAAUGGGAUGAUGAGCACAUCUAGGGACUUUGCAAACAUGCCGUAUAACGUGUCUCCAGGAAACAGCCAUUUCAUGGGAAGGUACCAUAACAUGAACGCUUCGAUGCAUAACAGAAAUGAUUUGUACAAUUUGAAUCCGUUUAUGAGCAUGCACUCAAUGAAUAACAAUCAUAUGGACGGUCGAAAUGGUUAUGCCCCCUACGCGCAAAGGAUUCCCAAUCAUAACACUUUUGGAGACUUGGAUGUGAUGAGCAACGUCAUGGUGGGUAGCAUGUUCACCCCCCAGAAGAAGAGAAACCUGUCCAAGAAGAAUGCCUAUUUGGGGGCCCUAAACUUUGAGUCGUACCAGAAUUUUGACUACUUCCAUCAGAAGGACGACGAUGCUUUUAUUAAAAAGUUGAACACGUUGCUCGGGCUGGAUGAUGAUGAGGAUGAGGGGGAGGAGGCACAGCGGGGAAGGAACCGUGCCGCUGAGGGGGAGAGAGGCGAAGAAGGCGAAGAAGGCGAAGAAGACGAUGAUAACGUGCAGGUAUCUCAGGCGGAUAGUGCAAAGGGGGGAGCCGCUACCGAGGGGCAGACGGGGAACUCCAAAACGGGGGAAAAUGACAAAAGUGCAAAUAACCAAAUUGUUCUGAACGAUGCAGGCGGGGGUUCUCUCCUGAAUGGAUCCAACACCAAUCAGCUGGUAGGGAAGAAAAGAAAGCUAGAAAAACACAUCAUAGAUAAAAAUUAUAUGAUAAAAGAUUCGGUGAUGAAGGGGAUGCUGAAAAACGAAAGUGUAGACUACAAGCAUUUCCUAAUCGACACGAUAAAUAGCGAAAUAUAUGAGAAGAUGCAGAAGGAGUACCCGUCCUUUCAGCAUUUCUUCCUGCACAGUAGCACCGAUAAGGUGAGGACUCUGCACAAGUUGGAGAUAAAUUUUGGGUACGAAUCUCAGGAUUGUGAGAAGAAGAAAAAAGCCCUCGAAAGUUAUCUCUCCUGCUCAGUGGGUAACAAAUCCUUCUUGUAUGAAAAUAAAAACGCGUUUGAUCACUUUAGCAUGAAGAAGUGCCUGGACAACAUCGACGAGAGUAUGGAAUCGAACGAGACGCUGUCGAACCACUUCUUAUCCUUUGACGGGGAGCACGAAGCAGGGACCAUGCGAAGUGACAAGCACAUGAUGCAUUUCGAGGAGGUGCGCGAGCAGGUCGGCGGAAUGCACUUUGACCUACCGAGUGAGAACCACCCGAGUGGGUACAAAAGUCGGUUCAGCGUCGAUCCCUCUCCCUCGCAGCACGAGCAGGUGGACUUGCACAUUAGCCAUUUGGAUAUUGGCGAGUUGAAUGGUAGCGAUUUGAAUGUUAGCGAGUUGAAUGGUAACGAGUUGAAUGGUAACGAGUUGAAUGGUAACGAGUUGAAUGGUAACGAGUUGAAUGGUAACGAGUUGAAUGGUAACGAGUUGAAUGGUAACGAGUUGAAUGGUAACGAGUUGAAUGCGAGGGACCUCUCCUUUAGGGACGACGUGGGCUCUAGGUUGCCCCUGCAGAGUCAGCUGUCCAAAAGCUUGGUGCCCUACGGAGAGAACGGCAGCGUGGAGAAAGGUGACGAAUUAGAAGUGAGUGGGAGUUUCCUAAAUGACCGACUCAAUUCCGAAUUCACCCCCUCGUCGGCGUCCCCCCACCUGGAUUUGUCCCUCCACUCGAAUUAUGACUUCUCCAAUGUGUUCACCAAGGACAAUGAGGGUUCAGUGCUGGAUGAUAAAACGGUGCAAGUGGAUGUAAAUCUGAACCAGGACUUUGACUUGAUUGCCAAGGAGUUGCUCGAGGUGUAUAAGAAUUUGUCGACGAAAAUAAACUACAUUUUUUUCGACCUCAUUACGAAGAAUAGGCAGUCUAAGGAUGAAGUAGCUGUUUUGUUUUACAUCACUUUGCACUUGGCAAAUUUGGGGUACAUUCACAUUGUGCAGAAGCCGAUUCUCGCGGACCAGCUGGAUUCCCACGGGGAGAAUUUCUCCAGGCCGAUCCUCAUUCAGUACGUGGGUCAGGGGGGCGACUGAGGUGGUGCAGACACUAUGUUGCUUUUGCGCCGUUCAGGAGGGGGGUUACCUAUUUGGGAGAGGGACCGAGGAGGGGGUUCCUCCUGUGUGCAGUGCCUUUUUCUCCACUUGGGGGGAGGAGCCCCACCUGUCUGGCCUUCCCCAGGUGUGAACAAAUCAGACGAAUGGGUGGUAGCGCGCAGGCCAUCUUUCUCCCUUCUGUGUGCAUGCUCUUGCAUUUUCUGGCCGUUUAAAGGUGCUCUCCAGUUAGCCCUUCGGCAGUAACGCAUUUUAUCCCUUUGGCUGUAACACUUUUUACGCCGUGCACGCA